AUGCCCAAGGUCAAGUACGUGUUGCUCGACUGCGACAACACUCUUUGUCUCUCUGAGCGUCUCGCUUUCGAAGCUUGCGCUGAUCUCACCAACGAGCUCCUGGAGAAGCAUGGCAAGAGCGAGCGCUACACCGUCGACAAGCUCCUUGAGGAGUUCGUUGGCCAGAACUUCCGUGGCAUGCUGACCAACCUCCAAAAGAUCCACAACUUCCAGCUGAGCUCCGAGGAGCUUGAGGACUAUGUCAAGAAGGAGUUGGGUGCCGUUACCGCCAAGCUCUCUGAGAAGUGCAAGGAGUGCCCUGGAGCAACCGCUGAGCUCGUCAAGCUCAAGGAGCAGGGCUACCCCAUGGCUGUGGUCUCUACCUCUGCGAAACCCCGUGUGGUCGCAUCUCUCCACAAGGUCGGCAUGGAGAAGUUCUUCCCUGACGAGCUGGUCUACUCCGCUGCCACAUCUCUCAACCCUCCCUCCAGCAAGCCUGAUCCCAAGAUCUACCUCUACGCCUGCGAGCAGCUUGGCGUCAAGCCUGAGGAGUGCGUUACUGUCGAGGACUCUCGCUCUGGUGCCACUGCUGCCAUGCGUGCUGGUAUCCCUCUGAUUGGCUAUGUCGGUGUCUACGGUAUCGAAGAUGGCAAGGAGAGAAUGGACCAAAUGGCCAAGACUCUCACCGACGACUGCAAGGCUGAUGCCAUCAUGUAUGAUUGGAAGUAA